CCCUUUUAUCUCUGUCAUAGAAAAUAGAUAUUUAAUCUUUCCCUUCAAUAUCUCUGCCCAUCACAAUUGAUCUUACUUUCCAAUCAAAAUAAACAAUUUCUUGAAUGAAAAAUUCUGAUCAUCAAUAAUAUUUUUCUUCAGUACUAAUUCACCAGCCUAAAAAUCCCUUCGUCCGAGCUUCAAAUACACAUCAAGAGAAAGCAGACACGCACCAUUAAUGGCGGUAUCAGCUACAAAUUCGCGUUUACUAUACAGAGAAAUUUACAGUCGUGAUCAACAACAACAACAAUCAUCAUCAACUAGUGUCCAUUGUUCUUUAAUGGUUAAUAAUGGAGUGGGUUUAUUGUCAUCGUCACCAACACAAUCAUUCUCGGGUGAUGGUACAGUGAAAAGACAGGACCGAAGAAGAGAUAUUAAAGUAAAAGCAUUUUGGGAUACUGCUAAAAGUCCCACUUCUAUUGUGUUGGAGCCCAUUACAAGUACUGAGCAACUAGAUCAAAUCUUAGCGGAAGCUCAAGAAGUUUCCGACCCAGUAAUCAUUGACUGGAUGGCUAAUUGGUGUCGUAAAUGCAUCUAUUUAAAGCCUAAGCUGGAAAAACUUUCUGCCGAGUAUGAUACUAGAGUUAAGUUUUAUUACGUGGAUGUAAACAGUGUUUCACAAGUUCUAGUGAAGCGUGGAAAUAUCUCUAAAAUGCCAACAAUUCAGUUAUGGAAAGAUGGCGAGAUGAAGGAAGAAGUAAUCGGGGGACAUAAAGCAUGGCAAGUGCUUGAUGAAAUCAGAGAAAUGAUCCAAAAAUACAUAUGAUGGACGCCUAUGAUUGCUUGAUCUUCCCAUCAUCAUCAUCGUCGUCAUGACCUUCUAUUAUUCAUAUUUCUCAGCCCAUCGCAAAUAAAGAAGUUGUAUCUGUAUGUGUUUGGAUAUUAUUAAUAAGAAUCCCCACACAAUAAAUAAGAAUU